CUUCUCCUUUGAAAAAGCACGAUCGAAACGGCGAUAGGUAGGUUUCGGCACGUCCAGUCCCGAGAUCGAAACGGUCUCCUUUAUAUUCUCCCGUCUCCGCCUGACCACACCCCGCACGUCGCUCCCCACGCCUUCGUCCCGUCUCGUACCAUCUUCAAUCUUCUUCACCUAGGCUAGCUAUAUACUAGGUCUUCUCCCGCUCAGCCAUGGCCAUGAUGGGCAUCAUAGCGCCGGAGACGGCGUACGAGACGGAGGCCGUGUCUCCGGCCACAGCCAGCGCCGCCGCGGGCGCGCGGCAGCGGAGGGGCUUGCUCCGGAGGAUGAUGCCGCGGGGUCACUACUCGCCCGUCGGCGCCGAGCAGAAGACAGCGCCUGGAAGGGCGCCCGAGGUGGCACCGAUCGCUGCCGAUGACUCGGAGGUCGCGGAGAAGCCGCGGCGCAGCUGGCUGCGGCGGCUGGUACCGCGGCAGCGGCAGCGCUGGAAGAACCUCGGCGGAGCCGGCGCGUCGAGGCUGGCCGGACUGUCGCGAUCGCUGCGGUGGAAGCGGCUGUCCAUGAACCUGAGGGGCAGCUGGGCGUCGGCGCUGCUGGACACCGUCGCGUUCCGCGUCAUGUACGUGGUGGAAGCCAUCGUGCUUGGUCUGGCGCUUUCCUGCUUCUUCUGCUGCUGCGGCUGCCAGAUAUAGCUGGCCUGCCUGCCCCUUGCUGUGAUUCAUGCAAGCCCCCUUCUGCUUGCCAUUGGGCGUGUAAUCUUUGUACCGUCGUCCUUGUUUAUUAAGAUGCUUAUAUAGUUCUCUAAUGAAAAGGAUUUUUUUUUGCUA